AUGACCCAGCCUUCGAAAAAAGUUGCCCCUGCGCCAUUAGCCAAACAGCAGAAAGCUGUCAAGACGUCUGUUUACGAGGCCAGUCCUCGGAAUUUUGGGAUCGGCCAGUCGAUCCAGCCAAAGAGAGCCUUGAACCGGUUUGUGAAGUGGCCUGAGUACGUCAGACUCCAGAGACAGAAGAAAGUGCUGUCAAUGAGACUGAAGGUUCCUCCGGCCAUCUCGCAGUUCUCCAACACUUUGGACAGAAACUCUGCUGCCGAGGUGUUCAAGCUGUUGAACAACUACAGACCAGAGACUUCUGCCGAGAAGAAAGAGAGACUCGUCAAGGAGGCUGCUGCCAUUGCGGACGGCAAGAAGAAGGAGGACGUGUCGUCCAAGCCUUUUGUUGUCAAGUACGGACUGAACCACGUUGUUUCGCUGAUCGAGAACAAAAAGGCCAAGCUGGUCCUGAUCGCUCACGAUGUUGAUCCUAUUGAGCUUGUUGUGUUUUUGCCAGCUCUGUGCAGAAAGAUGGGUGUUCCAUACGCGAUCAUCAAGGGCAAGGCCAGACUCGGGGCUCUGGUGCACCAAAAGAGCGCUGCUACCGUGGCGCUCGUGGACGUGAGGCCAGAACACGAGGCUGCUUUGGCCAAGAUUGUGUCUACGGUGGACGCCAACUUUGCUGAGAAGUACGAGAACGCAAGAAAGCACUGGGGAGGCGGUAUUGUGGGCGCCAAGACGGUGGCCAAGCUCGCAAAGAGACAAAGAGUCCAGCAAGCACAGCAGCAAGCCGUGCGCACUGUUUAG